AUGUGGAUAUCAAACGCCAGGUGGACAUCAAGCGACGAAAACAAAGAAAAUAAAGAAAAUGUUUGCCCAGAUGAUGCCAAAACCCAACCAAAGGAUACACCAAUAGCCACCACUAUGCAGGUUAAGCAACCAACCAAAGCAUCCAACCCCUUGUCAGCUGACCACAUCUUAGUAACCACCAAAUCCACCAUCACAUUACGUAAACAAGUUGCAAGACCUUUUAUCGGUGACAAUUUAGUUGACGCAUUAUCAAACGCAGAGUCCAAUUGUGAGUCAACUAGCAAUAGGCUUCCAUCGAAUAAGGCCCCCUGCACUGCAGCCAUCAACGGUGUCAACUACACACUGUCAAACCGAAUUGAUAAUUGGCUGUCAAUGAGCGACACGCUUCCAUCCAUCAAAACCACCUACGGAUCUGAUAAACCCGCUGUCGGUGAGUUAGCCAGUGGUGAUUUCGUCGAUGCACCCUCAAAUGAAGUUUCUUACUGCGAGACAACAGGCAACAUAACCACCUGUGGAUCUGAGGAACAAGCCUUCAGUGAUGCAGCCAGUGACGAUAUCGUCGACUUACCGUCCACCGAAGUGUCCGAUUCUGACUGUACUUGCGAUUCUUUAGUAACAGGUAAAUCCGCCAACGUUUCAGAUUAA